AUGGUCACUCAUCGACCUGAUAAUCGUAAAUAUGAAAAGCAAGAGAGCUAUUCAAGUGAUGGUGAAUCAGACAAGAAUAGUGAUUACGACGAUGCCAGGCAAGAAGACGCUCAUAAUAAUGAAGAUAAUUCAGAUGAAGAGAGUGAUAACGAUGAAAACGAAGCACAAUUAGAUAAGAAUAAUCUCAAAUUUACAUUAUCAAAAGCGGAUAUUGACGAUCACAAACGUCAAUUAACAUUUUGCAGAGUAGAUUUAGAUGAAGAUAUGAUUGACAAAAGAAAUCUGCUUGAUGAACAAUUGACAUUGUUAAAACGGAUCGAUGAAAUAUUUUCCUUACUCACUAAGUUAGAAAUGGAUGGUCAUCCAGCCUAUCAACUGAUGGAUAAACACAUCAAAAUCAAUUACCGAGCAACCACUGUUGCUACACAACGAGUACAUAAUCUUAUACUUGAUUAUAUUAAAGAGGCUACACAAGGUUUAGCUAAAAUCAGCAUUAAUAGAAUUCGUCGUGCUUCAAUUGAAAAAGAUGAAUGGGAUGCUCUAAAAACAUUUGAAAAUGUUGCAUCAGAACAACAAAAAAUGUAUGCUAAAACCUUUUGUAAAUCGACAUUGAAUAACUACCAUAAGAAAAAGAAAAGGUUUGAAUUGGUAGCUGCACAUAUAUCAAAUGAUAUAAUACCGAAAAUCUUACCGAAGUAUGACUUUAGUCUUCCUGUGGACGAAAAUUCACUUACAAGUGAACAGACCCAGGAAUACAGAAAAAGCAUACAUGAUUUAUCAAAAGAUUUUCGGCUUAAAGCAACAGAACUCUAUCUAGGAAUCGUCAAAGAAGAAUUUGAAUUUCAAAAAGAAAGAUUACAAAAACUUCUUGAUGAUUUUCCACAAGAUAGAUAUGAAGUACCAUCAACACAAAUUGAUGAUGAUGAUGAAGAACCUUUAGAUAAUGAAGUUUUUACUCAAAAACCAUUAUCACAACGACAAGAAACUAUAAACAAUAAGAAAGGUUCUGAAUUAUUUAAAAAAUAUAUUAUAAUUGCACAUAAUAGAGCUCAAUUAGAAAUUGAAAAAGAAGUGCAUUUUUUAUCCGAACGAGGCGUCCAAGAGACGCCAGUUGGAACUCAAGAGCCAAAAGAUCUAAAUCCAGUGAUGCGAAUGGAUUUCGUGCUCCAAGCAUAA